AUGAGAGCGGGCCGAACAGCGCGCGCUCGUUCCACCGCAGCGGGUCCACGCGGUCCCUCAAGGACAAUCAUAGGACGCUGGUGCGGCGGGGGACGCCGACGAGCGCGCACGCGCCGGCGGGGGCGGCGCAGCCGCCGAGCGGGUCGUCGCCGCCCACGCGGCAGGUGUCGGGCGGCGGGAUGCGCGGGUUCGGCGCGGGGCGGGCGGCGCGCAGCGCCGCGGCCGCGGCAGCCACAGGCGCCACCGGACGGGUCGCCUCCGGAUCCGGACGCGGCGCACGCAGGCAGCACGGGCCACUCGGCGGGCCGCUCGUCCCGGAACAUCUCCCCGGGGAGGCUGAUCGAGCCGCACACUCCGCUGGGCGCGGCGUCGACGGAGAUGAACGACCAGCACCCGUCGACGGGGCCGUCGGGCAACACCUCGCGCGCGUCGACCGCGCCGUCGCCGCGGCCCUCGGCGCCGUCGCCGCGGCAGCCGGCCCCGCCCGCGCUGGCCGAGGAGGGGGAGUUCUCCGAGGUAGAACUUCAGGGCCACCUGACGUCAGCCGUGCGGUCGCAGAUGCUCGCGAAGAAGCGCUUCUCGCAGGCGCAGCCGCGGAACGCCUACCACGUGGUCAACGACGCCGACGCGGGGCUCAUGCCAGAGGAGUCAGGCCUGCUCAAGGUCGACGGGGCGCCGAUGCGCGCCGGCUGGGGCACGCCGGGCUCCACCGAGGCCGGCUCGAACGCCCACUCCGAGUUCGGCUCCCAAGCGCCCAUGUCGGGCCUCAGCGCCAACCCUCUGAUGACGCGGCUCAACAUGUUCGCGAACCGCGCCAACAGCCUGCACGACCCGUCGUCGCGCGGAGACCACUCCUCGCAGGGCACGCAGCGCUCCACGGCCGCGGCGCUGCCCCCGCGGCAGCCCUCUGGGGGCCUCCCGGUGUCGUUCCACGCCCCAGUGUCGCCCCAGAGCGGCGCUCUGUCGGACGAGGAGGACGGGUCGCUGAACGACAGUAUAUCGCACGGGAGCCUCGCGCGCGCGAGCGGCGGGGCGCAGGCGGAGCCGGCGAAGAAGGAGGGGGGGCACGCGCGGACCCCCUCGGGGGCGUCGGGCCGCCCGUCGCGCCCCGCGCACCGCGGCGCGCAGGACUCGAUGCAGUCGAUCCAGAGCUUCUCGUUCGAGGGCGGCCUCGGCAGCGAAGGCAACGUCGCGAGCAGCGCCGACGCCGACAGCGGGCCGGCGCCCGGGCCGCAGUGGAGCGGGGCCACCAGUGAGCGGCUCCGCGCUCCGGCGCCCGCGCCCGCGCCCGCGCCCGCGAAGGGCGGCCCGCGCAAGCCCCCGGGGCUCGCCGUGCAGGGCCUGCACGUCGAGGUGGGCUCGCAGCUCGCGCAGGGGCAGUGGACUGACUCGGGCCAGUGGCAGGAGGCCCCGCCUCCGGCGGCGGAGCCCUCGCUCGAGAUGUUCGCGUCCGGCGUGCAGCGGAUCCCGAUCGAGGACCUGAAGAAGGUCAAGGAGCUCGGGCGCGGGCAGUUUGGGUCGGUGUGGCACGAGCGGUGGCGCGGCGUCGACGUCGCCGUGAAGGAGAUGCACUCCGUGGACCCCAAGUCGCGCGCGGAGAUGUUCCGCGAAGCCGUCACGCUCGCGUCGCUGCGGCACCCGUGCGUGGUCAACUUCUACGGCAUCGUGGCCGACAACAGCAUCGCCGCCACCGUCCUGGAGUACGUGCGCGACGGCUCCCUCAAGGCCGCGCUGUGCAAGCUGCGGCAGGCAGGCCUGUUCGCGCGGUGGCCGCCGCGCCGCGUCGACGCGUUCCGCGUCCGCUGCGCCCUCGGCGCGGCCCGCGGAAUGGAGUACAUGCAUUCGCAAAAGGUGGUGCACUUUGACCUGAAAUGCGACAACCUGCUGUGCGACCUGAGCAACCUGGACGCGCCGCGGGUGAAGAUCUCCGACGUCGGCCUCAGCAAGCAGAAGGCCACCACGUUCAUCUCCGGCAACAUGCGCGGCACGCUGCCGUGGAUGGCGCCGGAGCUCUUUCCGGGGCUCGCCGGGCCCGCCGUGGCCCCCGCGGGCGACGCGGGGCUCGUGAACGAGAAGGUCGACGUCUACUCCUUCGCGGUCGUCAUGUGGGAGGUCUGGACGCUCGGGCAGCCGCCGUAUUCCAAGCUGGCCAUGGGCGCGGUGCUCUCCGGGGUCAUCGCGGGCAACCUGCGGCCGCCGGUGCCGCAGGGGUGCCGCCCGGCGUGGGCCGCGCUGAUGCAGGAGUGCUGGCGACCCGCGCCGCGGGCGCGCCCGGGCUUCCCGGAGAUCUGCGACCGCCUGGAGGCGAUGCUGGAGGACGUGUUGCGCGAGGAGGAGGCGAGCCGGGCGGGGGGGGAGUGA